AAAAAAAAAUAUGUUUUACAUCAGGAAGUUGAACAAAUGUUUCAAUGAAGCUGUAAUGCAUCUAAAUUUUGAUCUUUUUUUAAACAUAUAUCUGGCUGCCACACAGUGAUAGAAAAGAAGAGGAUAGGAAAAACAUGUAACCAGAAACCUGCCCUUCCUAAUUAUAGAGAAGCAGCAGCAGCUCUGUGUCUCCCUCUAGCUGCAGCUAUUGAGCAUCUCACUGAACAUGGAGCACGAGAAGGACUUCAGCAAGUUAACGGGAUCAGAUUUAAAAAUGUACACCACUUUUAUUAAAUCCACCAGGACUCAUCCGGAUAACUGCACAUUUUUAUUUUUGAGGACCUCAUUCAGAAGCUCGUUGGUGCUCUGUGGUGAAAAGUGACAUUGUGUUGCGAGGACACCUUGGUUUUGAUUUGACAAGGUAACUGAGGAACAUAACUUCCUUCCUUCCUGUUAUCUCACCAGCUCGAUGCGCAAGACUGGCCGCAGGUUUUCUGCAAACAGAAACUUAGUUGCAUGGGUACUAGAUGCUCGUUUCCUGUUUCCUCCUCAAACAAAAACCCUGCCCAGCUUUAUUUCAUCUCCUCUCAUUUAUGAAGUGCCCACAUGUUAAAUAAUCUCAGCACCAGAUAAUGGCAACAACAUCACCGAAGGCUGUGCGAGACUGGUGCCGCAUCACAUGCGCCAAUUACUCCAAUGUGGAAAUCAAGAACAUGUCCACCUCGUUCAGGGAUGGACUCGCUUUCUGUGCCAUCAUCCACAGACACCGACCUGACCUGAUAGAUUUCAGCUCCCUCUCCAAAGAUAAUGUUUAUCUAAAUAACAAACUGGCAUUUGAGAUUGCAGAGAGGAAACUGGGCAUCCCUGCGUUCCUGGACCCAAAGGACAUGGUUACCACCAGGGUGCCGGAUUGUUUGAGCGUCAUCACUUACCUCUGCCAGUACUACUACUACUUCAACAGGAAGUCUUCAGCAGGUCUGGCCAGUUCGAAGUCAUCACAUGGGACUUUCUUCAACAACUUCACAAAGAAUAAAACUCCUGAGGGUCUGAAAGCCCUAAAGAGCUCCACUGAUCUGAGAACCAGGAGAAAAGACCGUUUAUCCAACACAAGGCCGCAAGCAGUGUGUAAUUUGUGUUCUAAGCCUGUCCACCUCAUACAGAGACAUUUGACGGACGGGGAGGUCUACCAUCGCAGCUGUUUUAGGUGCAAAGUGUGCCACAGCACUCUCUUACCAGGGUCUUACACGAAGGGAAGUGAUGACCGCUCCUUGAUCUGCUCUCACCACAUAACAGACAGUAACGGAACUCGCGUUGACCUAAAUCAGCAAACCAGAUCUGCUGAGAAUCGGCCCAAAUGUGAGUUUCAGGCAAGUUAUUUUUCUCUGGGAGGAUUAGCUAUAACCAGCGUCCCUCAUUACUCUAAGACAACAGAGUCACAGGACAGACUGGUUUGUAAAACACCAGAGAUCAAAGAGGGGAGAGAAAGGCAGGAGAUUAGCGUUGAGCUGAAAAACAGAGAAAACAGAACUGUCGGACUGAAGUGCACGGUAAACAAGCCAGUACGUCCUCUUCGUCCUCCUCCUCCUCCUCCUCCUCCUCCCAGUGUUGAAGACGGGAAAGGAUCUGGAAAAGCUUCACCCAUUCUGACAGAAAGCAUGACACAGCAGGAAGCGACAAAGACUCAAGAACCUUCUGAACUCUAUUCAUCGUGUGUCCCAGUGACAGAAGGAAGCAGUCGGCCGGUUCCAGCCCCCAGGCGGAUGUUGGAGUCUUCUGUAGUCCCUGUUCCUGCACCCAGGACCAAAACCGCCCAGCCAAUGAACACCCUCGAAGGAAAUUCACCCAACUCAUCUCACAUCACCAGCCCGACCAGUAAUGGACCCAAAGUGCACACCAACCACCCAUGGAUUAGCAUCGUCCAUCCCGGACCCUGGACACAGCUGCCUCCCAUUCCAUCUCCAUUACUCAUUCCUCGAUACAAAUCUAUCUCUGGCCGGCGGAGGCCAAGCAGAAUCAGUAGAUCUACACCUGAUGAUGAUGAUGAUGAUGAUGUGAGAGCUUCAAGUGAACGAGCUGGAGAUACCAGUCAACUUGGUUUGUCAGAUUUGGAUGAAACUGGAGCCACAGGAGGAGGAGGAGGAGCAGCUUCAGAUGAAGCACAGAGUCCCGUGUUACCCAGGAGUCUGUCUGUGCCGGCUAUCACAUCUGCCCCAUCUGAGAGUUCCAUUUUGCAUCCUGACUUGACAGAGACAAAUGAAUCUGAUCAGGUCAUGUCAUGUGGAAGUAAGCCGGCCUGCAAAGAGAAUCCCUUUGAUCGAGAACCUGCGAUGACCAAAUCAAAGACCUUUCAGGCCAUCCCAGCUACGCGGGCCCCUGCCCCCGGACACGGCUUCCCACUCGUCAAGAGGAAGGUGCAGACAGACCAGAAUGUGUCCACAGAAGAUCUGCAGGUGGAGAUGAGCGAACUGGAUAAACAUCUGGAAGCACUGGAGCAAAGAGGAAUCGAACUGGAGGGGAAUCUGAGAGACUGCAAGAAUGAUGAAGAGGAGGAACAAAUGCUAAUGGAGUGGUUCUCUCUCAUCCAUGAGAAAAAUGUUCUGGUGCGCAGAGAUACAGAGCUGGUUCAUCUGAGGAAGCAGCAGGAGUUGGAGGAGAGACAGGCAGAAGUGGAGUACGAGCUCAGGUGUCUCCUUAAUAAACCAGAGGGCGACUGGAGUCGGAAGGAACGAGGUCGAGAGCAGAAGCUGAUGAAGGAGCUGGUCGCUGUCAUCGAACAGAGGAACCAGAUCAUCAGCACCUUGGAUCAGGACAGGCAGAGGGAAAGUGAAGAAGAUAAGGUUUCAGAAGCCAUGAUGAAGGACAAAGAGUUCCAGAAAGAAGGAUUAAAGGAGCUAAAGAAGUCAAAAGGAAAGUUCAACCCCACAAAAAUGUUUAAGAUGCUAAAUCAAUAAGCAGAGAGCAACAAAGACCCUGCGGACAAGAAGAGCUGAAUCAUGGCUGCAGAAACUCAACUCAGAAAACAAACUUGUACUUUGAGAUGAUAACAAUGACGUAAGCGUUGUGGAAAAGUGGAAUCUUGUUGAUCACAAUAGGAAAUAGUUUAUUCAUUUUAUGUUGAAGAGCAGCUUGGUAGCAUAGACUAAAUGAAAUAUUCUCUCAAUAAAAAUGUUUCACUGUUA